AUGACUAGGAGCUUGAGACACUGGCACUGGGUUGUGAACUGAUUGUGAUGAUUUGCUGGUACAGCAGCCCAUUUGAAUUAUUUAUUACUCAAUAAAGACAUAAGUGUAGAACUAAUAAAUCUGCUACUGAUGAUACAAAAUAUGGACUCCGCCAAAACCAUGGAAAGUUUUAUUAUAAAAAAUAAUAAUUUUUACUUAUUAAAUUUGAAAAUUUAA